CCACCUUCUGCGGGGCGGAUCAGAGAAGAGAUCCUAAAUCCAGUAUAUGCAAAUAAAAACAUGGCAUUGUUUUCUCCACUUGACAGUUUCGUUUCGUUUUAUUCAAUUCAAUUCAAUUCAGUUUAUUUGUAUAGCCCAAUUUCACAAAUUUGUCUCGGAGUGCUUUACAAUCUGUACACAUAGACAUCCCUGCCCCAAAACCUCACAUCGGACCAGGAAAAACUCCCAAAAUAACCCUUCAGGGGGAACAAAAGGGAAGAAACCUGCAGGAGAGCAACAGAGGAGGAUCCCUUUUUAUGUGUUUUAUGUGUAUAUGUAUGUAUGUGGGUGGGUGUAGGUGUAUGUAUAUAUAUAUAUAUAUAUGUUUAUGUCUGACAUUUUUUUCCUUGUUUUAUGUUUAUAUUAUGAAACAUAUAUUGUGUCAUCCCAUCAAAAAGCACUCAUUCCCUCCACCUUUAACUAAGUGACCUAUACAAUAGGAUGAUUUCACACAACCGCAAUACAAAUCUAAUGACAAUGUAGAACGGCAUACUUCACAGCUGUUGUUUGGCUGUAUCAUCGGUAGGUGGGAGCACUGGCCGCCAGUCGCACUUCGACUGCAGCCUCUUGAAGCCACGAAGAAGAAUGGUGUGAACAAGGAAGUUAAUAUUUUACAGGAAGCCAGCGUAAGCUGCCUUUUGUUUUGUUUUGUCUUUGUUUUCCGUAUCGAAUUGGUGGCCAUUGUUCUUCAGAACAGUUUGCUACAUUAGUUAACAGGUUGUCGUUCAUCUGGUUUGUGAUCAUUAAGUUUAUGUUCUUUGUUACGUUGUGUCGUUAGCUGUGAGCUUCACGUGCUAACAACAGAGCUAGCAGGCCCGAAGGCCACCGGUCCGUUGUCUGCCCGUGAAAUACUUCCCGCGGUCCCGUUUGUAUCACGCAGUCGUCAUCAAGUCAACCGUCGUUCGGGAACAUUCGACACUCCAGUUGUCAACGCGCCCGGGCCGCUGUCAGCAGCACGUCGCACAGGUAACGUGAGCUGUACCGGCGAACUCUUUUACUUUGGGCCGGUCAGUUCGUUUAGUGCGGUCACAAACAGCGUCACUGUCGACAAAAGGAAAUCGACGACGCACCAAUCGGUCGGGAACUCUGAUGAGCAUGUAUGCCCCGCCGGGUCCGACUGUGCCUGGAGGCCGGAGGCGGAGAGGCGGCACCUCCACGCCCAAGCAGCCGGAGCGGAGCCUGGUGUCCGCGCUGCCGGGAGCCCUGUCCAUCACGGCGCUGUGCACGGCUCUCGCGGAGCCGGCCUGGCUCCGGGUUCACGGAGGCACCUGUCCGAGGCAAGAGCUGGGAGUGGCCGAUGUCCUGGGCUACAUCGACCCCAAGCUGCUGGACGAUUACUGUGUGAACCCGCAGACCAUCCUGCUGAUGCGGGUCAUCGCUGCCUUCUGCUUCCUGGGCAUCCUGUGUAGUCUGAUCGCGUUCCUCUUGGACGUGUUUGGACCCAAACACCCCGCCCUCAAGAUCACUCGCAGAUAUGCAUUUGCACAUAUUCUCACAGUGUUGCAGUGCGCCACCGUCAUCGGCUUCUGCUACUGGGCCUCGGAGCUCAUCUUGUCGCUACAGCAGCAGCACAAGAAGUACCACGGCUCUCUCAUAUACGUCACUUUUGCCAUCAGUUUCUACCUGGUGGCGGGGGCAGGCGGAGCCUCUAUCCUCGCCACGGCCGCGAACCUCCUGCGCCACUACCCCACCGAGGAAGAGGAGCAGGCUUUAGUGCUGCUCUCGGAGAUGGAGGACAGCAGCGAGACGUUCCCCGCUGACUAUGACAUCGCCAAUCAGUUUCAGCCGCCGCCCGCCUACACGCCCUAACGCCGCGGAGCGGCCUCGUUAACCCUCGCUUCGUUCUCGGCACGGCUGUCGGCUCGAUGCGCAAACCCCACUUUAUCAAAUGGAUAUCUUCGCAAAUACUCCCGCAAAAUGAACACGGCGUGCGCAGUCGGUGCACAAACUCUUUGACUGACGGUGCUUGGGUGCAUGAAAGCUUUCUUUCGGGGUGGCAGACAUUUAGGAGAGGAUUCUUACUUUCACCAUUGAAGUUGUUAGUGAUCUGCAUGUAAAUGGCUUUUAGGAAUCAGUUCUUACGUGUAAAGCAAAGUCAACUGCAAGGAGUGCUCGACACGUAAGUAACCGAUGAAGUAACCGAUCAGUGCCAAUCACAGUAUUGAACCGGGCUGUCGGCAGAGCGUCAGCAGUUCUGUUGCUCUGUUGGAUUGUGAAAGGAGCUUUCUUAAGCAUACUUUGGUUUUUAUUUCUCAUAUGCUUGCCCUGUGUAUGGUUUUAAUUUCACGAUACAUAAAAAAAUGCGAAAUACACUCAAGAUUUUUGUAGACAUUUCUUUUACUAUAAAUUAACGAAUGGACCUGAUUAUUUAUUAAGUUGUCUGUGCAGACUUUCUUUCUUUUGCUUGGUAGACGCCCGUCACUGGUUUAGUCUUAGUUAACCACAUCUUUACUUGAAAUAAGAGAAUUGUCGAAACGUGACCCGUCUUUGUGGCGUUUUAAAAAGGAUCGUGGCAUGUGCCGUGUGUUGGAGAGCGAGCAGCCACAGAGACGUGGAGAAACGUGGUUGUGUGUUUCACAAUAAGAGACGUUUAGAAACGGGAACCUCACUGCGUAAGUUGGUUGUCAUGUUUCUUGUAUUUGAUUUUUUUUAAAGAAACCUUAUUUGUACUUUGAUUACCACAUGAGACCCUUUCCGUAUGUUUGUUUUAUGCAUGAUUUCUUUUGUGUGCAAAUUUUAAACCUUCCGUCAGAAUGGGAUGAGAACACCUCGCAGCCCGUCGAGGCUUACAAUUGUGAUUGUGACUAGUUGGUUAUAUAUUGUUCCGUUUACUCCAUUUUGCUUUUCUUUUCUCCAAUUGUCAACAAAUGCUUUCACCAGUAUGUAAAUAUUGAUUGUUUCUACAUAAAAAGUGGUCAUAAUAAAUAUUAAUGCCAUA